CAUGUGUCUGUCUCUGUUAAAAUUUUGUACAAAAUCCUUUUGAUGUAUCAGUUUAUUUCCAACUAGAUAGUGCUGCAACGAGGACCAUCAUUCAUUGUAUAUAAUUAAUUAAUUGAGAGGCGUGAGUGGAAGACUGUGUCAGCUCGAUUUGAGUAUGGCAGCCUGUGGUGAUUAUAUUAGAAGUCAAUUUCCGACUAUAGACGACGAGUUGUAUCAUUAUGUUGAGGGAAUUCUUGACAGUUCAAAGGAUGACUUUGAAGAUGGUGAGGAGGUGUACGAGGCCAUUGGACAAGUGUUGCACGAGGUAGCUGACAAACCUGAAAAAGAGGUUAGGCAAAUAUGCGAGACCCUCCUAGCGAUGUUAAAAGGCACCACCAACGGUGGAGACGGUGAAAAUAUCCACGAGAAACGCCAGAACGGGAUGAACAAAGUCCUGAACGCCCCUGUGCAUUUGGGAGCAAUGGCUGCAACUCUCGAGGAACAGGUAGAGCAAAUAAAAAGUAUUUGGGUAACGACGAGGGAUGAUACCAUGAAAGUGGAUGCUAAGAAAUUGGAGAAAGCUGAAGCCAAACUGCAGCAGAAGCAGGAGAAACGAACUGGACAGGAUUCGAACCCCAGCAAGAAUAAUUCAAUAGGAAAUCAGUCAAGUGACACGGCCAGUGCCAGUCAAAUGAUGAGUAAAAAGGAGAGCAGAAUGGAGAGUAAAGGUGGAACUAAUAAAACCCAGGACAUCAGAAUUGAGAACUUUGAUGUUGCCUACGGCGACAGAGUUCUUCUUCAGGGUGCUGAUCUGACUCUGGCGUUCGGUCGUCGUUAUGGUUUGAUAGGACGCAAUGGCCUGGGAAAAACCACCCUCUUACGAAUGAUAUCGAAUAAACAGUUGAGAAUACCUUCGCAUGUUCGCGUACUGCAUGUGGAGCAGGAGGUGGCAGGUGACGAAACAUCUGCCCUCAAUUCAGUUCUCGAAUCUGAUACUGAGAGAAGUGCAUUACUGAGUCGUGAGGCAGAACUCCAAGCGUUGAUCGAAAAGGAGGGAGGGAAGAAUGACACAUUGGGUGAGGAACUGGCCAAGGUCUACGAGGCGAUGCAAACAGCUGAGGUGGAGAAGGCCCCCUCGAGAGCUGGGGCAAUCCUCUCUGGUCUGGGAUUUUCAGUGGAGAGACAGUCAUGGCCAACCAAAGCCUUCUCAGGAGGCUGGAGGAUGAGAUUGGCACUGGCACGGGCUCUCUUUUCCAGACCUGAUCUUCUGCUACUCGACGAACCCACUAAUAUGUUAGAUAUCAAGGCCAUUCUGUGGCUGGAGAAGUAUCUGCAGUGCUGGCCCACUACGUUACUUGUUGUCUCUCACGAUCGCAACUUCCUGGAUACUGUUCCUACAGACAUACUCUAUCUCAAGGGGCAGAAGAUCGAAGCUUACAAGGGGAAUUACGAGCAGUUCGAGAAAACCAAGGGAGAGAGGGAGAAAAAUGCACAGAGGGAAUAUGAAGCUCAGCAGGCGAAACGAGCACAUGUUCAAGAAUUUAUUGAUCGUUUUAGAUACAAUGCUAAUCGUGCCUCCAGUGUACAGAGCAAAAUUAAAAUGCUGGAAAAAUUGCCGGAACUCAAGGCUGUAGAAAAAGAGGCUGAAGUUACUCUGAGAUUUCCUGAUGUCAUACCUCUCAGUCCACCAAUACUUCAGUUGAAUGAAGUUUCAUUUCGUUACGAAACGUCGAAAAAUAGUGAUUACAUAUUUACCGGGGUCAAUCUCACUGCCACACUCCAAUCACGAAUUUGUAUAGUUGGCGAGAACGGUGCCGGUAAAACUACUCUGUUGAAAAUUAUUACAGGAACACUGAGUCCAACUCGCGGGACUAUUCACAUACAUCGAAAUCUUAAAUUUGGUUAUUUUAGUCAGCAUCAUGUGGAUCAACUCGAUAUGACUGUAUGUCCUGUGGAACUAUUGCAAAAUCAUUUUCCAGGGAAGCCAACGGAGGAGUACAGGAGAAUGCUCGGUAGUUUUGGAGUGAGUGGGGACCUUGCACUGCAAACGAUUUGCUCUCUAUCUGGAGGACAAAAGUCCAGGGUUGCAUUUGCUCUUAUGUGUGCUGCUAUGCCCAAUUUUCUCGUUCUCGACGAGCCCACCAAUCAUCUCGAUAUCGAAUCGAUAGAGGCACUGGGAAGAGCUCUCAAUACAUGUCAGGCUGGUGUUAUCCUUGUGUCUCACGAUGAGCGUUUGAUCCGAUUAGUGUGUACAGAACUUUGGGUCUGCGGCCAGGGAUCAGUGCGAUGUAUCGAAGGUGGCUUCGAUGAAUAUCGGAAAAUCAUUGAGAAAGAAUUGGAAGCUUAGAAAUCAUUUUUUAAACUGGACCUCGCUAACUGACUCCUCACCACUGUGUAUUUAAAUAUCGUGUGCUUUGGCCACGAAUAUUACUGCCUAACGGAAGGCCCAUAGGUAAUUCGAUGUAGGUACGUUUCUACAGAUGAUUUUGAAAUUGAAAAUUCUUAACUAUUUAAUAAAAAAAAUAAUGAACAGCAAUGAAACAUUAUGAAAAUUACUGCAAUAAUAAGAAAUUGUUAUUCCUCUAAGUAAUGUAAUUAUGAUCUGUUUAAUAGUAUUACAAUUUUACUGGUCGUUCUAAAUGACUAUUUAUAUUUAUAAAUUAUACAUUUGGCCAUUAAUGCAUAAACUCAACGGCUCCUCAUAAAUCAUCGAUGUUGAGCUUUAUUUGCAGCAAUAUCAGUGGAAAUUAAUGUUAUUUACAAAAUAACAGUCCCAUCGCGUAACUAUCGAUUUAAUGAUUAAUGAACAAUUUAUCAACACGCCGAGGAUGCUGCAUUGUGUUGCCACUGUCUACCACCAGCUGAAGCGUUCAAUUGAACCAUGGUACUGGGUGUGGGACUCGAUUGCAGAGGUGGUGCCGGUGCUUGUUGCUUUGCUGCUGGAAUUUUCGGUUUUCUCAUUGUUUUUAUUUUCCCAAAUGCCAAUUAUUUUCAGAGACACAUGCUAGUGCGAGGUAGCGAGAGUAUCAUUAGAGGCUCAUGAUGCAGAGAAAAGAUAAAAUGAUAAAACGAUAGAUGCAUUGUUAAAUUAUCAUUCAGACUGAUCAAAUCAUUCAUCGAAACUGAAAGUAAGAUUAGGAAAGGGAAGUGGAGAGUGCAUUUUCACAACAACAAAUAGAAUUAAAAAUAGUGCUAAUUUAAAAUUGAGUUAAAUGAACCGAUGUAUUAAGCGCCCAUGCGUUACAAAGCUCGUUUACAAAUAAUAAUCAAACGAUGAACUUGAAAAAAAAAAUGAAGAGAACAUCAAUUUAUAAACUGCAACAUUGAAUAAUUGUGUUAUUAAAUAUCAAAUUGGCAAGACUGACGUUUUAU